AUGACAGGCUCAGAAUAUCUCAAUGUCUUCAAGGGCCCUGAAUCGGUUCGAAACUACUUCGACCCUGAACAGUCACCCCCUCUACCUCUUGUGGAAAUCCCUGAUAGCCUGAACCCUUACCGUCAAGAUGGCGUUCGCAUCUAUGCCAAGAUGAUGACUAUGCAUCCUGCCACCAAUGUCAAGGUGAUGCCAGAGAAUGGCGUUGAGCCUGGCAAGACAAAGACUAUCGUUGAGAGCAGUUCUGGCUCCACUGUCAUCUCUAUGGCCAUGGUUGCCCGUGCUUUCCACGGCAUCGAUGAUGUUCACGCCUAUCUCAGCAACAAGACAAGUGAGACCAAGUUGCGUAUGAUGCAAUUUUUUGGCCUCAACGUAACUCUCUUUGGAGGACCUGCUCAGCCAACACCCAUAGAUGAGCGAGGUGGUAUCAGAUCCGCAGCUCGAAAGGAUGCAGAGUCAGAGUCUGUGUGCAGUCCUAAUCAGUACAUCAACGACGACAAUUGGAAGUCACACGUCCGAUGGACUGGUCCUCAAAUCUAUCGUCAGCUGCCAGAGAUCAAUGUGAUUGCGGCUUCCAUGGGAACUUCUGGAACUAUGACUGGUUUGGGUACCUAUUUUAAGGAGGCCAAACCCUCUGUUUACAGAAUUGCUGUAUGCACCAACGCGGGAGAGCGUGUGCCUGGACCUCGCGAGUACUCCUUGAUGCGCGAAGUUGAGUUCCCAUAUUUGUCUUCUCAUGACGCACUCGAAGAAGUCGGUGCCCCAGACUCAUACUCCCUUUCCCUGGACCUCACCCGACAAGGCAUUGUUUGCGGUCCUUCUUCAGGAUUCACUCUCAAGGGCCUGUUCCAGCGCCUUGAGAAGCUUAAGCAGGAAGGAAAGCUUUCAGAUAUUGCUGGACCCGACGGCGAGACUCACUGUGUUUUCAUGUGCUGUGAUCUUCCCUUCCAGUACCUGAACGAGUACUUCUCAAAUCUGGGCCCUGAGAAGUUCAGCCCUCUCCGUAACGAGCGCUUGAGAAACGUCGACCUUUACCGUUAUGAUGAUGCUUGGGAGGUCAACUCCCUAAAUGCUCUGUCCAACUACUUCACCAUUCACCCCCUAGGUACCCACGACACAGUCCUGUCUCUCGCAGACCAGAUUGACAAGGCCCUCACUCCUUCAACCAACACUCAAAUUCUCGACUUCCGACGCUCAUCCGACUUCGAUGCUUUCCACCUACCCAACUCAGUCAACAUUCCUCUCGAUGCGCUGCAAAACGGACCUAACAGCGGCAGCCCUUUUUCCAACCCUGCUGAUGAGUGCGCCAUGCUUGAGCAAGUCUGGCUUGAGCUUGAGAGCCUCUUCAGCGUCAAGGACAAGAACGGUAACCGAAAUGCCAGCGCCGAGGCACUCAUGUCUAUGCUGCGAGGCAAGAAGGUCCUGACGCUUUGUUACGAUGGUGAUAGUUCUCGAGUCGCCAACAGUGUUCUUCGUGCAAAGGGUGUUGAAGCAGAAUGCGUUCGCGGUGGCUAUGGUGCUCUUGCCAAGUUGCAGAUGCCCUGCAACGCUACAUGCGAGGUUGUCUCAAUCCCCGUUUCUGUGGAAGUUUAA